AUGGAAAAGAAAAGUGAGAAAAUCCAUUUGGAGAAGCAAUCUAUGGAAGAAAAAUUGAAACAAUUGAGGGAAAAGAGUAUUGGCCAAAAGGGUAAUGAAGCUUUUGGGUCAGGAAAAGGAAAUGUAAAAAUUGUCUCUGAGAAGUUAGAUGAUUUUGAUCCACCAUUGACAAAAGAACAACAAGAAAAUCAAGCAAAGAGUGAUGCAUUUUUGGAUGAGAUUAAUGCUUUGAAUGCAAAGCUUCAUGUAGAGGAAGCUGGGAAGAAGAAUGCAGAAGAAAUUUGUGACAUCCCCAAAUUUGUGGUCAUUUUAAAAAAUUUAUUUAUGCUUAUUUAA